AUGGCCGAGCAGCAGCAAGUCAAGCCCUUAGUCCCGGCAGCCUUCAGAGACGAGGAAGAAGCCUUGUCUACGCAAUUGAAUCUGAGAAAGAGAAGAUAUGUGCAGUGCUGCGGUUGCAUCUCCGCGCUUUCCUUAAUCCUAGCGGUUGUAGUUCUCGUGCUGUUUUUCACUCUUUUUCGCAUACACGAUCCCAAGAUCAAGAUCAACUCUGUAACCAUCCAGCGCCUGGAGCUUAUAAACGGAAGUCUCAGGAAUGAUGUGAAUGUUACACUUUUAGCCGAUGUUUCAGUGACGAACCCCAAUGUGGCAACCUUCAAAUUCAGUAACAGCACAACGCUGAUUUACUAUGGUGGGAGGGUGAUCGGUGAGGCCAUCCAUCUCCAAGGGCAGGCCAAGGCACGGCGUACACUGCUGAGGAAUGUGACGGUGGAAUUAGAUCCUGAGAAAAUUGAGGCCGUUCCAAGCUUUAGGAGCGAUCUUAAUUCAGGGGCGUUCAGCAUAAGCAGUUACAGUACAAUUUCGGGUCGAGUUAAAAUACUUAAAAUUGUAAAGAAACGCGUUGUGGUUAGAUUAAAUUGUACCACGACUUAUAGAAUCUCGGGAAGACAGUUCGUCGGAGAAAGUUGCAGGCCUGAACUAGAUUUCUAG